AUGGUGGACGAGCUUGUGCUGCUGCUGCACGCACUCCUGGUGCGGCACCGCGCUCUGAGCAUCGAGAACAGCCAGCUGAUGGAACAGCUGCGGAUGCUGGUGUGCGAGAGGGCCUGCCUGCUGCGCCAGGUACGUCCACCGAGCUGCCCGAUUCCCUUCCCCGGAACGUUUAACGGCGAGAGCUCCCGGCUCCCUGAGUUUAUCGUGCAGACGGCCUCUUACAUGCUCGUGAACGAGAACCGAUUCUGCAACGACGCCAUGAAGGUGGCGUUCCUCAUCAGCCUUCUCACCGGGGAAGCGGAGGAGUGGGUGGUGCCUUACAUCGAGAUGGAUAGCCCCAUCCUAGGCAAUUACCGGGCCUUCCUGGAUGAGAUGAAGCAGUAUUUCGGCUGGGAUGACGACGAAGACGACUUCGACGACGACGACGAAGAUGAUUACUAGGCCCGGAGCCCUCGAGGCCUCCGGAGGGGGAGGGGGAGCCAUGCACGCAGCCACCCCCCUCCUCCAUCCCCACCCCUGGCUCCCCACACCCGGAGCUGCUGCUGCUCUCCCUCUCAACCUCUUGUUCGCUCCUUUAUUCUCUGCUCUCCAUCUCCCCGCCACGCCAAGCCACACCACGCCACGCCACCACCCCCUCCAGGCCCUGUAGUGCUUUUGCUUUGUUCCAGGGGUAUCCCUGCAGUUUCCUGCUGCUGGGGCUGGGUAGGAGCCUCGUGGGGCAGCCUGUUGUCAUCUACUUUGCCUAAUCACAGUUCGGCUCCCCUACUAAUCCAGACUGUGUCCGAGCUGCAGCUAUCGGCCACCAGGCCCCUGUUCCCAACUGCUCAGAUGUCUCUGCCGCUGCCACCUGCCUCACUUCCAGGCCUGCACCUGCAGAGACUUCACGCUGCCACUCCACUACCACCCGCGGCGAUCCACCGCCUCCAAGAGACUCGGACCAGCACGGAACACUUUUCACACGGCUGCAUCUUUAGGACAUUGAUUUGGACAGCUCACCAACCCCUGAUGGGGCCAUUCUCUAAGCUUGCUUAGUUACCCACUACCCAGGGGCCUCCUCUGCCUGGCCGGAGUGCUGCAGGGGCCUCCUCUGCCUGGCAGCCAAAUUGUUGACAUUUCUUUUCUCUUAUGCACAGGUGUCGUUUUUCUUUCAUAAUUACAGCACUCCCACAAAUGUGUGCAGUGAAACAAAUGAUUCUGACAAACAAGUAAGCAAGAAUGUACUCAGCCUAGAUCCUUGAUACUACCUGGAAAAAACAUUGGCAUUAUUUUCAAUAAAUAUCAAGCACUACAGAAA